AUGAAAGAAGUUAAGUGGUGGCAAGGUCCUCCAUGUUUAAUGCUACCAGAUUGUUUAUGGCCUCGAAGCAAUUUAAGUGAAGUUAAUUCUGAAGACUUGAAUACUGAAAAGAAAAGUACAGUGCAGUUUGCAUGUAAUGUCGCAUCAAUACAAGAACCAGUUCUCGAUAUAGAAAAAUACAGCAAAUUGUCAAGAUUGUAUCGACUUGCAGCUUGGAUAAAGCUCUUUAUACAUAAUGCGAGAAAAUUUGGUGAGAAGAAAGAAGGUCCCCUAGCAGCUUUAGAACUAUCAGAAGCAGAAAUUUAUUGGGUAAAAACUAUCCAAACAAAGUAUUUUGAAGAAGAAAGAAAUCAACUACUUAAUGAUCAGACAAUAGCAAAGGUAUCGAAACUUAUUGAGUUCGAUCCAAAAUUAGAUGGAAACAAACUGAUAUGCAUAAAGGGAAGACUACAAUUUUCAAAAUCUGAAAUGAAAGAAAAACACCCAUGGUUAAUUUCUGGAGGAAACACGUAUGCAGAACACUUAAUUAUGGAUGCGCACAAUAAGGUACUACGUUCAGGAAUAGAACUGGCACUGGCUGAACUACGGAGCAAAUUUUGGAUUCUCAGACGAAGGCAUAACGUUAAAUCUGUGCUCAAUAAAUGUUUAAUAUGCAGGCGAUAUAAGGUUCGCCCUGGAGUGCAAGUCAUAGCUCCGCUUCCAGCAGAUCGUGUUCAAGAAUCUCCUCCAUUCGAUGUGAUUGUCAUUGACUUUGCUGGCCCGUUGUUUACAAGGGAAACAAAGAAAAGCACUGUAUUUUAUUAUGUACGUGUGCAGUGUAAAAUUUAA